AUGUCCACACAGCAAAUAUAUAGACUAUCGUUUUCCAACUAUCUCUGGGUAUCACUCCAUGCUGUUUGUGAGUCGAAAGGCUUUGGAACAACAUGGAAACGAUGUCGGGUCCGCUUUGGCAGGUGGAGCACCUCCAAUGAAGCCAGCAGCGAGGACGAUGAGAAGUUUAGUUCCCAAGUGUUGCCCAAAAGGGCCUCAACCAAACCUUUGCGAACCGGGCUAUCAUUUCAUGGCCAUUCGCAUCAGCGAACUUUCCAUGAAGAAGGUGGUGUAUUUGAUAGCAGAAGUCGGCCACAGUCCCAAGAGCCGGAGAGAAGACACCUUUCCAGACGCCCUCAGGAGAUGUCCGAACACGAUGUGAAUGAAGCGCCUACAGACGGGUCCAACACGAACCCCUGCGAGACCCUUCUUCAACUUCAGGGUUUGGCGGCGCCCCCUGAUGGCGAUAUGGCGGAGUUGAAUCUGAAACCGCAUCCAUGCUGGGAGACGAAAGAGAAUCGAGGGCUCCAAAGUAACACCGUCCGGACCAUCCGGUCAAGGAAGGUCAAGCAGCCUGCGAACUCCAAGACAAGUGGAGGGUCUGGUUUUCACUUGCCUUCGGGAGAGUUUGCAGAGAGGUGGAUGUGGCUUCAUCCAAGCGGUGGCUUCCGAGCAUGUUGGAACUCGUUGGUUGCUCUCCUAGUGCUGUACGAUCUCUUGGUGAUCCCUUUGAGUGUCUUUGAUCACCCAAAAAGCUCCCUGAUGCAUGCGAUGGACAUCGGCAUGCCAAUUUUUUGGUCCAUGGACUUCAUUCUCACCUUCUUCACUGGAUAUUAUCAACAGGGUGAGCUCAUCAGUGAUUUCAAGAAGAUUGCUUAUCAAUAUGCAAUGCACUGGAUGCUGUAUGACCUUGGUCUGAUCGCUCUGGAUUGGAUAUUUGUCACCAUGGACUAUUUCAUGCUAUCCGGCUCGGAAGGGGCAGACUGGUCACGCAGCUUGCUCAUGCUGCGGAUUUUGCGCUUGGCCCGGAUCAUGAGGGCCAUCAAACUUCGACAAGGAUUUGAUGCUUUCCAGGAUCUUUUACACUCCCAGGCAAAUAGCCUUUAUGUGAGUUUCUUGACAAGUCUCGGGCAGCUGCUGAUCUUGAACCACUGGAUGGCUUGCGCCUGGUUUGGAGUGCGGUGGUUACACCCAAACGACAACUGGGUGGUGAAGAGCGGGAUGGACCAGAAUUAUUGGACUCAUCAAUACCUAAUGUGUAUGCUCUGGAGUUUUUGCCAGUUGGGUGUCGGCGAGAGCCCUCUGCAGCCGACCAACGAAACCGAGAUGGUCUUGAACUGCGUAAUUGCGUUCAGGUCUCUCAUAACUUCUGCUACGCUGAUCAGUACAAUGAGCAACCUCAUUGCUGGCUUGAGAUCUUUGAGAGAAGACGAAGCGACACAGUUUCGGCUCUUGCGCCGCUUCUUGGCGCAAAACAGCAUUCCCCAUGAGGUCAGCCACAAGGUGACGCAAUUCCUCCAGCACCAGUUUGCCAAGAGCCAGAAAGCCAGGUCGUCGGAUCUACGAGUGCCACUGCUUGAUUUGCUUUCUCGUCCACUCUUCAGGGAAUUGCAAUUUGAACGGCACCGAACAUCACUGUGCAAGCUGCCCGUGCUGAAGGCUCUGCUCGAAGCUCCUGAUAUUCAGACCUUGGAGGUGAUGCACUCAACCAGCAACAGUUUAUGCCAACUAGUAGCAGCAGCUCAAGACAUCAUAUUUUUGAGCGGCAGCCAUGCCUCUUCUUCGUAUUUGAAGCUGAGUGGGACAUUGACAUAUUAUGAUGAUGCAGGGGCAAUUGAGGUGGACAACCGGUGCUGGGUGGCAGAAGCUUGUUUGUGGACCCCUUGGAUCCAUAUGGGGGAGUUUGAAGCCAAAGAAGUGUCAGACUUGCUCUGCCUAGAUGCGGACUGCUUCUGUGAGGCACUCUCCAAGACAGGCAGUACCCAGCAAGCUGCCAGCGCCUAUGCAAUGGAAUUCCUGGCUGCAAUGCAGAAGUCGGGGCGCUGGACAGACAUUUUCGUGGAUCAUGACUUGAACUCUGUUGAUGGAGAAGCGGAGUCCCCGAAGAUGGACUUGCCCUUGCCUGGUUUUUGUGGGGGAUUCUGUCCUCGAUUGGUGAGAAAACGUCCUCAUGCGCCAAGGCUUCAAAGCAUACUUCCUGACGAAAGUGAUGAGCCUGAUCUGAGCUGAGACAUACUCUACUGUAGACUCUACUGCCUCUGAUUGCUACCAGUUGUGCAGAUUCCUCACAUAUAUAUAUAGAUCAUGUUUGUUUUUAUAAAAACCUUAUAUACUGUAUUGUAUAUAAUCCCGUUUUCACCGCCCGAGCCCCGCUACCGGGGUAAGAGUUCGCUUGCUACGGUUUGCUGUGAGCAUGCCGUAGCAGGACGCUGUCAAAGCAAGCUGUGGUUGGUUGCACGAUCGGUUC